CACGGUUACAGCUGAAGCAUCCAGUUCUUUUCCAUGACCUCACUAAUUUUCAAGUUACAGAAAUUCACACCCUACUUUUUGUACUUUAGGGUUUUCAGAUCUACGGUUUAUGAAGAGAUGUUCCUUCUGCAAGUCACAAUCAGGAGGGCAUCGAUUGUUGGAUUUUGCUGUUGCGAACACGAUUCUCUAUGUAAUUAAACUUGAUAUAAGCGGCUAGGUUUCAUAUAAAUGGCAUCGUUGGUCUUAGACACUUCGGAACCCAGUUGGUUCAUUUUGUCGCGAAGAGGGUUGCAAUGGCGUCGUCCAGCGCUGGCAACAAUAGUCAGGUCCCUCGAGUUCGUCAUUUUGAUCUAAUAGACGGAAUGCAACUCGAGAUUAAUAUAUCUGGAUCUGCGGGGAAGCACAACACGAGAAUUGAAUUUAAGCUCAAGAAUUGUACGAGGACUUGGAUUCUUCACUGGGGUUUUCUCUUUCGCGGGAAUAAGAAUUGGUUUAUUGCGGCUGAUGAUUCUUCAGGGGGGAAGUCUUACAAGCAUGGUGCUUUGCAGUCACAAUUCACGAAGCAUGGUCAGAUACAUGUGGUGAUCAUUGAGCUGCGAGAUCCUAAUGUACAUGCCGUUGAGUUUGUUUUGAAAGAUGGCCCUCACGACAGAUGGUUGAAAUUGAACCAUGGAAAUUUUAGGAUAGAGAUACCUGCAAGUGAUGCUCCUAUACCUCAUUCUAGCACACCAAAGGAACUAGCAGAACACAAGGCGGACUCACCAUGGGAUACUAAGGGCAGGCCUGUUAUCUCACCUCAACCGCAGAAGCAAGGUAAUAAUACAUUGAGAGAGAUCCUGAACCGUUUGUCAAAAGGAAUUUCCCUGAAUGAGCCCCGCAAUAGUUACGCGGCUGGAAAUACAAAAGCUGUAAAUGGUAAUGGGGAUCAAGUCAGGAGUGGCAUGCAAUACUCUUACAAAAGGAAAUAUAAUGUUGAAGAGUGGUUGCAAAGGCAUUCUGGAGAGCAUCCCAAAAGAUCCCAUGAGUCAACAUCAGCUCUGGUGGAUCUUAUAGAGACAUUUGUGGGUGGAACAGAUUUAAUCUCAUGGCAAAGAUACUAUGUUCACAACUACGAAAUAUUGGUAUUUUCAAAGAUCAUAAAUGGUGACUAUCACAUUUUUGUUGCUUCAAACACGAAAGGCACUACGAUACUUCACUGGGGUGUAUCUAAGUCUUCUCCUUGUGAAUGGUCGGUACCACCAACAGAUAUUUGGCCUGAAAACUCAAAACAGGUUUCUGGAGCAUGUCAAAGUUAUUUUAUGGAUAAGUUUAUAGGAAAUGGGUCCUUUCAGGUUAUAGAUGUUAAUCUGCAGAAAAGGAAUUUUGUUGGUAUUCAGUUUGUUAUCUGGACAGGUGGGUUUUGGAUAAAAAAUAGUGGGAAAAACUUCUUUGCUGAACUCAAACGAAAUAAUCCUACUGAGAGGUUUAGUCAAGAUCUGAAAGAGCUUGUUGUAUGGUUGCUCCAUGAAAUUGCUCAAAGGGAGAAAGAAGCUGAGAGAUCUUUGAUGCACAGGUUCAAUAUUGCCACGGAACUGACAGAGCGCUGCAAAUCGGAAGGUGGAUUGGGGCUUAUAGGAAUAUUAGUCUGGUUAAGAUUCAUGGCAUGCAGGCACCUCACUUGGAACAAGAAUUAUAAUGUGAAACCACGUGAAAUAAGUGAAGCUCAGGACAGAUUUACUUGCGUGCUGCAAAAAAUAUACCUAAACCAGCCAAGUGAUAGGGAGAUAGUGAGAAUGAUAAUGGCAUGUGUUGGACGUGGAGGGCCAGGUGAUGUUGGUCAGAGAAUUCGUGAUGAAAUACUUCUGAUUCAGAGAAAUUAUGAUUGUAGGACAGGCAUGAUGGAGGAGUGGCAUCAAAAGUUGCACAACAAUAGUAGCCCUGAUGAUAUAAUAAUAUGUGAGGCCCUCAUACAUUAUGUAAGGUGCGGUUUCAGAAUUAAUGUUUAUUGGGAAACACUAAAUGCAAAUGGUCUCACAAGAGAGAAACUUGCAAGCUAUGACCGCCCAAUUGUUUCAGAACCGGAUUUUAGAUCUGAUUUCAGGGAUGAUCUUAUCCGUGACCUUACUGCAUACUUGAAGACAUUAAAGGCUGUUCAUGCAGGUGUUGACCUUGAAUCCGCCAUUGAUGUUUGCUUGAGUUCUUCUUUCAAGGAUGGCACUGUUGAAAAGGCAAUCAAACAUAGGUCCGCUGCUGGUUUGCCAUCAAACCUGCUGGAAAGUCUGAAUUUUGUCAAAGCCCGUUUUGGCGAUAUCAAUAUUGGCCCACUAAUGGAGAAAUUACUGGAAUCACGCAUUUUGCUUCGCCCUAUUCUGCUGACUUCCCAUGGAAGAUCAAAAGACCUGCUUUUCCUUGACAUUUCUUUGGACUCAGCAGUCAGAACAACAAUGGAAAGGGGACUAAAGAAUUUGAACUUUGCAUACAUACCGGAGGCCUUGUUUUUCUUCUCCUUGAUGCUUGAGAAUCUAUGCUUGUCAACUGUCAAUAAUGAAGACUUCAUUUACUGCACUAAGGACUGGUAUCAUGUUUGCGAAUCAUUCAAAUCCGGUGAUAGUCAGUGGGCCUUACAGACCAAGGCUAUACUUGACCGGUUGCAGCUAGUACUUGCUGAAAGGUCUCAGCAUUACCAGAAAAGUAUCCAGCCAAGUGCCCAGUAUCUUGGUAAAUUGCUUGGUGUUCAGAAAUGGGCAAUUGAUAUUUUUACGGAGGAACUGAUAAGGUCGGGCUGCUCUGCUAUUUUGUCCAUUCUCAUUAACCGUUUUGACCCUAUUCUUAGGAAAGUUUCAAAUUUAGGCUGCUGGCAGGUUAUUAGCCCAGUGGAAGCUUCUGGCUUUGUGACUUCAGUUCAUGAAUUGAUGAAAACAAAUAAGGUUUACAAGAGACCAACCGUAAUAGUUGCUUCAAGGAUAAGUGGAGAGGAAGAAAUUCCAGAUGGAGUGGUAGCUGUGCUAACCACUGAUACACCAGAUGUUCUGUCCCAUAUUUCCAUCAGGGCCAGAAAUAGCAAGGUAUGUUUUGCUACAUGCUUUGACAAGAAUACAUUCCAGGAUCUCAAAUCGAAGGAGGGGAAAGCAAUAUCAAUAAAAAUUAAGUCAACCAAUUUGGUUAUCAGUGACGUCAUUAGCACCUUUCUAUCACAUAAAUCCAUUGGUUUUCACUCCAUUCCCCGAGGAGUGACCAUAAAAAAGAAGACAUUUUGUGGUAAUUAUGCUGUUUCGGUUGAAGAAUUUACUGGCGAAAAGGUUGGCGCAAAAUCUUGCAAUAUUAAAUUAUUAUUAAGUGCACGGAUACCAUCAUGGAUUAAGAUCCCAAUGUCACUUGCUCUAGCAUUUGGAUCGUUUGAGACAGCUCUGCAAGACAAACUUAAUAAGGAUGCAGCAGACAGGAUCCAUUCUUUAUGCCAAUUAGUAGAUCGCGGUGACCAUUCAAAACUUGGAGCAAUUCAUGAAGCCAUCCUAAAAAUGCACGCUCCACCGUACCUGACAAAUGAGCUUAAGCGCAAAAUGAGAAGUUCAAGAUUAGCAUGGCUUGGUGAUGAAGGUGAAGACAAGUGGAGUUGUGCAUGGCAAGCAAUAAAGAAGGUUUGGGCUUCAAAGUGGAAUGAAAGAGCUUUUCUUAGCUGCCAGAAGGCCAAGUUGAAUCAUGACGACAUAUGCAUGGCUGUGUUAAUUCAAGAAGUAAUUUGUGGCGAUUAUGCUUUUGUGAUUCAUACAAAGAAUCCCAUAUCAGGGGAUCCCACUGAGAUAUAUGCAGAGAUUGUGAAGGGCUUGGGAGAGAGUUUGGUGGGGGCAUAUCCAGGACGUGCAAUGACUUUCACUGUAAAGAAAACUAAUCUGAAGUCUCCUACGGUUACUGGUUACCCGAGCAAGCUGACAGGAUUGUACAGUAAGAAGUCCAUUAUAUUCAGAUCGGACUCUAAUGCUGAGGAUCUUGGUGGAUUUUCAGGUGCCGGCCUUUUUGACAGUGUGAUCAUGGACGAAGUGGAUAAAGUCGUAUUAGACUACUCUAGAGAUCCAAUUAUAGUUGAUAAAGCUUUUCAAACAUCGCUGUUGUCGAGAAUUGCAGAGGCGGGAAAAAUCAUAGAGGCCCUUUACGGUUGCCCUCAGGACAUUGAAGGGGUGGUUAAAGCCGGGAUAAUAUUUGUGGUUCAGGCACGGCCUCAAAUUUGAUGCUAUAAAAACGUCAGAACUUCUGAAAAUUUCUGCUGAAAUUGUACUAAAUUUGCAGAUAUAUCAGAAAAUCAUGCUAAAUUCUCAGUUGUGGCAUAAAAUUAGCCCUCGUUGGAAUUGACAAAUACAAGCCAUGUGAACCGCGGGGAUUGUGGAGUGAUUAUUUAGAUGAAAAGCAAACCAUAGUUUUAAAAACUAUAGUUUUAAAAGUGACUUU